AUGGAAACUCUCUGCCUCUCAUUAAAAAGUAUUAGAGCGAUGGUUGAAACUAAGGAAGAACAGGAAGGCAUGCCGAGGUUUCUCGUCGACAGUGGUGCCAAAGUAAACGCCGCCUCUAAGCAUGGCUUGACUUCUUUGCCCGUUGCUGUCAUGAACGAUUCCGCUCUCCUUGUAAAGGACCUUUCCGAUCGAGGUGCUGAUGUUAGCCGCAGACUCGAGGAUGGCCGAACACCGCUUCAUUGUGCUGCUUCCCGAGCUAGUGUGGACAUUUUGAAGAAGCUACUUGAUUUGGGGGGCCGAAAUCAACUCCACUGA